AUGAUCCCAGCUUGCUGGAACACUGCCCGCGGAGACCCGCGGAGACCCCCGAGCCCACAGAGCCCACAGAGCCCGCGGAGACCCCUGAGCGCACAGAGACCCCCGAGGCCCGCGGAGACCCCCGAGCCCACAGAGCCCACAGAGCCCGCGGAGCCCCCUGAUCCCACAGAGACACCUGAGCCCGCGGAGAUCCCUGAGCGCACAGAGACACCUGAGCCCGCGGAGACCCCUGAGCGCACAGAGCCCGCGGAGCCCACAGAGCCCGCGGAGCCCACAGAGCCCGCGGAGCCCACAGAGCCCACGGAGCCCGCGGAGCCCCCGCGGAACCCACAGAGAUCGCGGAGCCCGCGGAGCCCACAGAGAUCGCGGAGCCCACAGAGAUCGCGGAGCCCGCGGAGCCCACAGAGAUCGCGGAGCCCACAGAACUCGCGGCGCUCUCAGAGCCCACAGAACUCGCGGCGCUCUCGGAGCCCACAGCGUCCCGGCGGGAAGCUGCCCCCAAGCAGCCGGCCCCUUCCAGCAUCCCCCGGUUUCUUUUCCCUUUCUAAUAAAAAUAAAAAUAAAUUCAGGUUCUCUUGUGUUCCAAGCAGCUGCAACAUCUUUCCCAGAUUCCAUCCUGCACCUCUCUCCACCAGCUGCCACAGCAGUCUCUGGUAA